CCCUAGCCGAGCAUCCAAGGCCUGACGUCCCUAUUCCCACUCCUCUCCAUCCAUCAUACCGUCAAUCAGCGACAACAUCCGACAAGAUGGCCAAGUCCAAGAACGCGUCCCAGCACCACAACAGCCAGAAGGCUCACCGUAACGGUAUCAAGAAGCCCAAGACCAACCGUUACCCUUCCCUCAACGGCGUUGACCCCAAGUUCCGCCGCAACCACCGUCACGCUCUCCACGGCACCAUGAAGGCCCUUAAGGAGCGCAAGGAGGGCAAGCGUGAGAUCGCAUAGAUUAUGAACUCAGUCUUAAAAAAAUGGGAAACAUGAAAUGCAACUCGAGCGUGCAAGAGGUCCAGAGAACAUAACGUGUGCUACGAUCAAGGACGGUCCGCUGUGUCGAAUAGGCCUGGUUUCUGCUUAUUCCUUGCGCGACGAGCCUCGAGUUGUUUGAUAUCGAGAAAUCAACAGGCUUAAUUCGAUGUGCACAGCGGUGCCAUUUUCCCAAGCGGAUUCUCGUCUGCUAUAUCCCUUUCCUUUUUCCUU